AUGGCGGAAGCUAUUGGCUUAGUGGCUUCUGUUGCUAGCCUGCUAGACCUGGCGUUGAAGCUAUCUAAUGCAUUACACAACCUCCAAUUCCAAUUCCGAAACGCGCCUUAUCUCGUUCAAGCGUUGGAAAAUGAGACAGAAGCUAUCAGGACGGUUCUUGCUCAUGUUGAAAGCUCAAUACACUCUACAGCAACUGCGGGACUUGGCGGUCCAGGUAGCUCCGGGAUACUGGGUGACCUCACGGCUGAAAUCGACAAAGGCGCGGCUGUCCUGAAGGAGCUAGGCACAUUUAUCGACAGUCUCAAGAACGAGACAUCUACCUUACGAAGGGUCAAGUGGAUUCAAAAGAAAGAGAAGUCAGCAGAGCUCAUAAAACAGCUUAAAGAAGUGCGGUCUCGUAUUAGCGAGUUACAGUUGGCAUACAGCAACUCAAGCUUAACUCGCAUCGGACUUAUAUUGCAGGACAUCCAGAUUAUGCAACGCAGCCACUAUGCCAAGACUCAUAGCUUGGAAACUUCUCUACUAGACACAAAAGACCAACUCGCAACUGAUCGAGAUACCACGUUUACAAACCAGUCGGACAUCGCCACAGCUCUAGAGGCCUUACAAAACACAACGCCAAGGUUGCCAACAGAAUGGGUGGAAGCUAUCAGCAACCAGUUGGCAACGAAGACAAACACUGUACGUCCUGGUCUAGCAAGGGACAACACAAAUGUGUCAGCCCAUCAACCUCACGGAACACAGGGCUCCCAGGCCAUAUCCUCGCCACUUCAGCACUGCGCACUAGUAUUCAAGCUAAAACUAGUGCAAUCCCAAUGCUCAAUCAACUGUGCCUGCAGAUGUCACGCUUCGGCAUCUUCAUACCGUCCUUGGAAAGCGCUCCCUAAAUUACUUCGAAUGAUCAUGGGUUCGGUAAUCGUUGAGUACUGCAGUUAUCCCGUGUCCAGAGCGACUUGCGACUUGCCUUCAUGUUCCAAAUCGCGUCCAACUCGGCUCGCAGUUAGAUAUGGCUUUCCGUUUUGGUCUUUCAAGUACGCGAUUCAUAUUCUGGUGGAGAGGCUAUCAACCAGCUGUCUCACGUUUACUCUAGCCUUAAGACACAUAAACCCUAUGAGAAUCUCAAGAAACAACAUACUUUACAACGUCUCAGCUGGAAAUCUGGGUGCUGUGAAGCAAAUCGUGUCUGAGAAUCCGACUGCCGUAUUGGAUAUCGACUAUGAGGGAAAUUCGGCGUUGCAUGUCUCUGUUCAGUCAUUUCUUCCAUGGGAACUUGUGUUUCAAAUAUUGAAGGUCCUUCUCCAAGCUGGUGCAGACCCAGACCAAGCAAAUGAGGAUGGCCUUUCUUUUCGGCAUAAAAUCGCGAAUCAGCACCUCCAGAAAAUCAUACCAUUCAAGCUACAGCCUGAGCUCCAAAGGCUGAUUCAGAUCUCUCAGUGUUUAGAUGACAUUGACUUGAGCUUCAUACAUGAGGUUGUUGUUAAACGAUGUCCAAUCGACAUAGGCCCUAUUCUCAAGUCCGGCAAAGCAGAUAUUUUGGCACAGAUCCACAGUAAAGACCGGUUUGGCAUGACUCCACUCAUGUAUGCUGUUGCUUUAGGCGACGCAAAAGCAGCGGAGGCUCUGAUCCAAGCUGGCGCCUCAGUCCACAAGAAGGGACCAUAUAAUCGUACUCUUGUAGAUUAUGCGGGCCACCUACCCUCAAACACUUGUGCUACCAUACUUGACUUGCUGUUUGCUGCUGGCGCCAAUGCAAUUGACGGUUUCCCCGCGGGAUGGAGUCUUUUACAUACAGCUGCUAUCCGUGAUAAUGUCACAAUGAUAGACAGGUUGCUGCGAGAAGGCGCACAGCCAGAUUGUAUCGGCCCGAAUGGUAAUCGCCCGAUUCACUAUGCGGCGAGCGAUAACUCUGUUUCUGCCAUUCGCUUGUUGUAUGAGCAAGGUGCCAAUGUAAAUGCAAUAGCUGAUAAUGGACUGUCAUCGCUUGGUGUAGCGAUCCAAAAGAAUGCUACCGAUGCGCAAGCAACGCUUCUUGAGCUAGGCGCUGAUCACCGUAUAACCGGUGACUGGGGGACUUAUUUACACGUGGCGGCAUAUUGGGGUAACGAAAGAACCUUCAACACACUAUCUUGUCUUAAGCUCAAGGGCUUAGAUGUCGAUGCCAGGAAUGACAAAGGCCUAACAGCAAGCGAGGUUUAUGAAAGCCGCUACGACAAAACGGACGAGCUGACGAUAUCAUUCCGUCAACUAAGGGAUUCUAUCAUAUCGCUAUCCCCAUAUGAUUACUCUAGCGAAGGCGAACUUGGAGAUAUGGAUCAAUUCGUUGAUGCAUAUGAGUUCUUGAGCGGUGAUGGGUUGUGUUAG